AUGGACAGCCUCCUGAUGAACAAGAGGAAGUUUCUUUAUCACUUCAAAAACGUCCGCUGGGCUAAGGGUCGGCAUGAGACCUACCUGUGCUAUGUGGUGAAGAGGCGGGAUAGUGCCACUUCCUUUUCGCUGGACUUUGGUCACCUGCGCAACAAGUCGGGCUGCCACGUGGAAUUGCUCUUCCUCCGCUACAUCUCGGACUGGGACCUGGACCCCGGCCGCUGCUACCGCGUCACCUGGUUCACCUCCUGGAGCCCCUGCUACGACUGUGCCCGACACCCCCUGUAUGAGGUCGAUGACUUACGAGAUGCAUUUCGUACUUUGGGACUUUGA